AUGCAAGCCGAAAUGAAGCGAUCCAUUGAAGCCGUCAAGCAGAGCCUGCGCCCCAGCGCGCCGUACUGUGUGCUCUGCGACGAGGCCAUCUUUCACACCGCCGUGUCCGCCCAAGGCCUGGGUCUCUUGCAUCCAGCCUGCUUUCGCUGUGCUCAGUGCGACGACGAACUCGAUGGCAAGCCCUAUCACGUUCGCAGUGGCGAAGCUCUUUGUACGACGUGCUUCAAAAAUCGCGCCACCCCCGGUUUGGACUGUGACACCGACCAAGAAGCCUUUCGCUGCGAUGAGUGCAAUCUGCCCAUCCUCGAUGAAGAGGAUUUCCUCUACGUCAAAGGCCAUAUUCGCCAUCGUGACUGCUGCCGCUGCUCCAUUUGCUCCUGCCUCUUGACUGAAGGCUCCAAGGCUGUCGAAUGCAAUGGCCGCCUCGCCUGCCUGGCUCAUGAUCGUCUGUCUACGUAUUCCCUUGAUGAGCAAGGUAUUACGCUUGAUGUCGAGCAACCUGUUCUGCGUCGUCAUCACCGUGCCAUCAGUCCCAUGUACGAGAGCGCCGAAGAGGCAUAUCGCCGCAAAUCCUACCGCAUCAGCCGGGACGAGACCAUUUUCGAGAACAUCUUCCUCAGCGAGGACGAAGACGAAGAAGAGACGGACGACUUUGCCGAGUACAGUGCUGUCAGCAUGCUGCGGCGUGAACUGACGCCGCCUCCACUUCCCAUGGGCCGCGCUCCCAUCCGCGAGUGGCUGGCCGCCCUCGAGCUCGAGCACUACACGAUCAACUUUGUUGAAAACGAAUUUCUGAGCUGGCAAGCCCUCUGGGAUGUCAGUGAUCAGGAUCUCAAGUCCAUUGGCAUCACCAGCAGCGAGGACCGGGAUCGGAUUUGCAACGCUCUGCGACCGCUCAGCCUCGCCAGCCGCCUCUCUCAAUCGCGCAAGCCCUCGGUCAAGCGCAGUUCGAUCAAGCGCCGCGAAUCACGUCUCACACCGGACGAAGACGUAUCCAUCCGCAUCAAACACCUCGAACUCCGCGCCAAGUUGGCUGAGCAACGCGCUGAGGCUGCCGAGCAGCGCGCCCAAGCAGCCGAGGCCCGUCUUCAAAUGACUGCCGUCACUGCGCACUCAUGA